ACACGAUCAAACAUCACCAAACAAGGUGGCUAAACGGCAAAAUGUUUGGUCACCAAACAAUGUUUGACGGUGUUUGGUCGCCAAACAUUUCCCGUUUGGACAGGCCUUAAUACAUCAGUUAAUUCCAGAGGUGUUCUUUCCAACCCUUCCAGGCAGCAAAAAGCUGGGUUUUGCUCGCGUCUUCAUUCUGGAGGCGGGCCAUUUCAAAUUUUAUUAUCAGCCCAGAACGGGCAUUUGAAUACCCCAGGGAACAGCCCCAGAACAUUUGGCACCUUUGUGGUUUUGGUCUCGCAUGUACAUGAUGUUCUCCAAGAAAGUAUGAUCAUCCUCACCUGUGUUCUCUAAUUUAUUUAUCUUCUGUUCAUCACAUAUAGAUCAUAUAAAAUUUGCUCUAUAUUGUCUAUAUGAUGUAUGGAGUCUAAGGCUAUCUGAGAUGAUGUUUCAUUACCAGCUUACGUUUGUAUUGCGUUUAAUAUUCUGAUAAUGCAAUAGAGACAUAUGGUAAGCUACAUUUAUUUAAAUUCGUUAGGGACUGAUUAGAACACAGAGUAGCUUCUUAAACCGUUCAAUAUUUCUCCCCUUUUCUAUACGUUUCUAUUGAUAUACAUUUGAUAAUCAGGUCUCCCAUUCAUCCGCCAGAGCAGCUGGAAGCAUCAUCAGUCACUGCGUGAUACCCUUCAGAAUUCUCAAUUAGUCCGCGAGUCUACUAGCUUACAUGAACAGUUUAACUUCACUAUUUAACUAAUCUGAACCUGUUCUCAGUUCGAAUUUGAAUUCCUGCCUUAUUGCAGGUACUCUGCCUGUCAAUUCACCACCACUGAGUGAGUACUCUCACGGCUCCAUUCGACGAUAUAUCGUCAUCAAUGUGCUAUGGAGGCAAGACCAAGAAACAUCACUUUGAAACUCUCAUCAGCAUGACUGCCACUUGUUUCGAUCGUAGCUCUUGCGUCGUCCCAACGAUUUUUAUUACCUGACGACCAUACAUGAGGGCUGAAAACGAGUCUAUACAUGAGCCAAUGAAUUAUAUCAUCGUUACUUAAUCUCAAGUAGACGCAUUCCAAUCGUUCAAGAUCGACCAAGUGCACAAUAACCAUUGCAAUAAGAAUACAAGAAAACAUAACAGUUUCGCCAUUUAGUCGACAAGAGAGAAAAUCAGCAGAUUACUGAUAAAAAAAUUCCUGUGUUGUUUUAAGCCAACCAUUCCUUAGUCUUUGUAUUAGCAAUCGACAAAACGAAGGAGCGCAACAGAACUCUAAUAUUUACCUUGUCGUCCAGCAUCUUCUAUGUCCCGCCAACUCCCCAAGAUGUGUUUAACAAGGUUAAAAGCAGACCCAUUUGUACCAGCUUACUCCAUCUUGCUACAUUUCUAAAAUCCAUCUCGAUGUUCAUCCACGAGAAACAAUUUCGCGAGAUAAAUCGGCAAAACCUGCACAAAUGAACUUCACAAGGAAGAAAAACAUAUAUGCGUAAUGUAGUGACACAUUCCAGAUGCAUGCCGGACUGUCGUUACCAGCUUAGCUUUAGCUGCCUCAGAGUCAUUCACACUGCUAUCAACUACAGAAACACAUUUCGUAAGACACUCGAAACUAGUACAGUAACAAAAUGAUUCAGCCACUCAAUCUCUGCUCCUGUGAGUGAAGCAUAAGGCUGCAAAAGUCAAAAACACAUUUAUAGCACUAAACAUGUGGCCAGAACAGCUACGCGCCAGCAUUACAUGCCUCGUUUUGAAACAUAGGCACCAGGGCAACUCGUAAACGGCGUAUGUUGCCGACCGGGCUAAAUAUGGAAGCCCCGUCCGGGAUCUCUUUAGACCCAGCUGUUACCCACUCACUUAGGAACAUGUUGAUAUCAGUAGUUUCUAAAGAGAGGUUCGACGCUUGAGUCAACUUGUUAAGGUCGUCUCCUCUCUGAGAUUGCACAAUUUAAUUGACUUACGGGCUAAACGUCUCAUUUUAUUUGAUGUAUUGACUCAUGAACAGGCCUGAAAAGUACUUUUACCUAAGGCAAAGAAACAUUUUACAUACGCCCAUAACAGAGAACGGUGUUAGCUUUCAAUAGCAAUUCCAAAGACGCCAUUAAGCGUGGAGUAAAAGUUAUCGAAGUGGCCACUUUAUCAAACAACUCUUCCCGCUUUAAUUUAUUCAUAUCACAUCGAGCAAAUCCGCAUCGGUGAGAAACAAUUGUUGUGAUUCAUUAAUUCGCAUCAGCAGCGCCCAAAAUAAUCCACUGAAUAAAAUUUCAUGGGUCAUGCUUGUCCAGCUUCAGUUACUUAUGACUCAUCAAUCACGCCACGAGACUUCUAGACUCCGCAUUCUAUUGUUAAUUAUAUUACGGAAAUCAAUCAAGCAUUUCGUGGUAAUAUUACAUCAGGGAAAUGUAAAUGGGAGAGACAAAGCAAAUGACAAUCAUUGAAUCAAUCAGUCCAAAAUAUGCUACCACGCUGAAACGAAGACAGAGGUUACAGUGACAAAGAUGUUUUGAAACCUUCAAAACGUCAAUUUUCUCGAAUCUCGAAAUACAGUAAGAGCCAAGGUGGAGUCUUACGAAUACAGGCUCGUUAUCAUGCAUGACAUUUGCUAGAAUAGCAACAAGCCAGGGUAAAAUGGGUCAAUGUACCAAACAGUUGAAUGAUAACUCCGAUAAUGAUAAUGCUACGAAGCUGAACCAAAGACGGAAGUUACAGUGACAAAGAUGUUUUGAAACCUUCAAAACGUCAAUUCUACCUCGCAUUUGCAUACAUUCUGAGAUCACAUGAGAUAGCAAGUCACGUGACUUCGAGCUCACUGCGAGUUUUGACUUUGAGCAAGGUCGUUUGUAGCACUUUUGUGCUCCCAAAGUCGCUCCCGAAUAUUUACGUAGCUCCUGUGCUUUAUCAAACCGAAGAUGUCCUCGACGUCCAAACAGACCGAGGACGAUCUUCUUGCCGAGGAAGUCGGAGACGAGGCUGAAGAAGACAAGGAAUCGCUUACUGACGAACGCAACGCUGUCCUUCCACACUCCUCACAACAACUCAAGAAUCAAACCGCCGCUUCUUCGGAGGAAAUUAGCCUACUCACCAACGCAAUCCUAGGCUUAACAAAAAGCCUACCAGAUCUUCCAACUCCACCUCAUGGAGAGACAAAAGGCAAAGGGAAACGGCCGGCGAGCAAGUCUCCAAACACCGUUCCCGCCAAAAAGGCAAAAGACAAAGAUGGCGAGGCGGGAAGCUCCAUGAGCGCCUCCGACCAGUCAACUGACUGCGAGAUUCUCUACGACUCUGUGCUAAAUAGCAAAAAUGAUGAGUCAGAGCAAAAUACCACUCGUAGUGGUGAUGAGGACGAUUUCCUCUCGGAACUCGUAAAAGAAUACGAGUCUGACGAUACCGUGGGCGAAAGCCUCGAAAAUGAGAAACUAGCCAAGCUAGUUGACAAAAUGUUCCGCUGCAAAUUAAGCGAGAAAAAUCUCAAAGACCGGCUUGAGACGCAGGAGAGACCGGCUAAUUGUACUACAGCUAAGCCUCCCAGGGUAAACCCGGGCAUUUGGCGUCGAUUGAGAGAGCCUACAAAGAAGAGGGAUUUACAAUUUUACAAAAUACAACAAGCCCUCACAAAAGGCAUCCUGCCAGUUGUCCGAAUAACAGACAAGCUUAUGCAGGCGAAAUCACUUAAUGCUGAAGAAUUUCAAGACUUAAAGAAACUGGGGCUGGAGGCCAUGUCCCUCCUCACUCAUGCCUCUUAUGAAAUAAACAUGCAGCGGCGUCUACUUCUGAGACCAGAUAUUGGGAAGGAAUACUCAGCUCUCUGCUCCUCCCAAUUGCCAUUUACAGAUUUUCUCUUUGGAGAUGAUCUACAAAAGCAUUUGAAAGAUAUUGGCGAUCAAAACAAAAUAGGGGCCAAGAUCACCCCUAAUUACAAAGGGCAACGCUCUUCUCCAGGAAGGCCUGGCAAUAACAGCUAUAAGCAGUCAAAAAACUGGAGAGGCCACAACUCCAAACCUUGGAAAUACAAAAACAAUGCCAACCGGGACAAGACAACCCGGACAAGCCAAUAGAACACUUACUGCCAGCUACUAGCACAUGUAAUCGGGAAAGUACUUCAGAAGAUAAUACUCGACAAGACAACAGCAAUCCUAGUGCUCCCCGACUGGCCAACACAGUUUUGGUACCCACGAGUGAUGUCAAUGCUAGUGGCUCCUCCACACCGAAUAAAGCUGCAGAAGUCAACACUGACCCUUCCCUACGAUGUGAAGAAAAUCCACCCCCUUUACCCCAAGCUCCUACUGAUUGGCUGUCUUGUGUCAGGGAAUCCCUCCAGUUACAAGGAAUAACUGGGGAAACUUUGAGCAUCAUCAUUGAUUCAAGGAGAGAAGGUACUCGGAAGCAAUACAGAACUAGCAUAUCUGCUUUGAUAAAUUACUGUGAAGAACGGAAGAUCAGUAUUACAACACCUUCACUGCCAGAAUUGUUGAACUUUCUAACUCUUCAGUCCAAAAAGCUUAGCUACAGUGCUCUAGGAACCACUAGAAGUGCCCUUUCUUCAUUCAUCAACAUUGAUGGCUUCAAAGUAGGAGAACACCCUAUCGUUUCACGUUUUAUGUCAGGUGCCUUCAACAGGAAACCAACUUUCCCCAGAUAUGUGGAAACAUGGAACCCUCAAAUUGUCCUUAACCACCUUAAGGGCUACCCUGACAUCAAGGAAAUGUCUCUGAAGCAAUUGACAUGGAAACUGACCAUGAUUUUGGCCUUAGUCACAGCACAACGAACACAGACUCUUAAGUUGCUGUCAAUUGAUGACAUGCAAACUAAAGCUGGCGAAUAUGUUUUUCCAAUUACAUCCAUUCUGAAGCAAACAAGUGCUAAUGGUGACAGGCAAAGAUAUCUGCAACCUAUUGUGUUGAAGAAAUAUGACUAUGAUAAAACCCUUUGCGUUUUUACAUUGUUACAAGAGUAUCUUAUGAGAACUGCUAAGCUAAGAGGUUCAUGUUCUCAACUUUUAAUUUGCCACUGCAAGCCUCAUGGGCCUGCAUCGAAAGACACUAUUUCUAGGUGGCUCAAACAGGUUAUGCUUGAUGCCGGAAUUAACACUUCUGUUUUUAAGCCUCACUCCACCAGAAGUGCAGCCACCUCUGCGGCAAAGUCAGCUAAUGUUCCUUUAGAUGAAAUUAAGGCCACUGCUGGCUGGCGUUCAAGCUCUGUGUUUGCUGUUUAUUAUAACAAACCACUGUUUAAUGAUAGUUCUUUUGCUAACAAUGUACUGGGUAAGAAUUAGUGCAUUGGUAAUAAAUGCCAUGUUUACCUUCUCUUA